AUGAGGAACAAUGGACAACACGGACAACAGAGGAAGCUGGAGGAGUCCAGCCAGUUUGCUCAGGUGGCUGUGACCUCCAAUGCCACAACACACAGAGUGUACUACUUCCAAGCAAGCAAUACACAGGCAGGGAUGCUUUAGUGCUUCACUACUGACAACUUUAGCAUAAACAGCCUGUAUAAACAUGGCUUGUGGCCACUGUUGUACUCAGAAACCAGCACUAAGGAACAGCAUAAGAAAUGGCUGGUAAAGGACUGGAAAUAAAUCCAGCAUUACAAAAACAGUGUGGGGUAAGACAGAUAUCAUUAUUUCCCACUCACUUGGAUGUUCCAGUUCCCGACCACAUGCUACUUUGCCCGCUACUAUCCUUACACCUACAACAACCUGCAGGAGUACCUGGUGGCCAUUUCUAAAGGUCCAGUGGUGUCCACAUUCUGCAAGAUUCACAUCUUAUGCCCUUCAAUGUGAAACACUGUGUAUGUUUUAACUAACAUCACCACUAUCCCAUCCAAAAGUGGCACAGGCACUGAGCAGAAGACUGUGAUACUGAUAGUGAGGGUUCAUCCCGGAGAAACUAAGAAUUCCUGGAUAACAAAGGGCUUUAUGGAUUUCAUUCUUGGUGACUCAAGCAAAGCUCAACUCCUAUGGGACAAUUUUGUCUUGACAGCAGUACCUAUGUUAAAUCCAGGUGGUUUGAUUGUGGGAAAUCACCACUGCAUUUUAACAGGCCAGAGGUUGUACUUCAAAUACAGAUCUAUUGUCAAGAAAUGAUCCCCUUCCAUCUGGUAUAACCAAAGUAAGGUCAAAAGGUAAUCUCAUUUUCUUUCCCUUUAGAAUACUCUAUUCUCCUUUCCACUAUAUCUUUGCUAGUUUGAUGUCUCUAUGUCCCUCAUUGUUUCACUGUUGUUUACAUCUUUGCACUGCACCCAAGCCUUUCUGACUACGUUUUUGAGGUUAAGUUUUUUUCAGAGUGGGUUAUUUUGUUCUUCAAUACUGUGCAGGUUUUCCUUGAAUAUACUUUCUCCUUUCUGGUAAUAUCUUCAAAGUAAAAGAGUUUUCUUCAAGACAUUUUCAGUGUAUUUUCCCCCAUGUCCUCUGCAAAAAUUUACUUAUCAAAUUCCUUAUUUCUUUCGUUUUCUUCUUUUCUGGCAUACAACCACUUUUGAGAAUGAAGUUAGGUUCAGAAUAGAUCCCAGAUGUCCUUUAGACAGCAAAGAUUGCCAAGUUUGCUGUAUGUUUUGCUACAAAUGGCUUUGAUUUCUUGUGCAGACUUGCACUCACAAAGACAUUGAUAUACUGGCUAUAAAAUUAAACCUUUGACUAUUAAACUAAACUUUAAACCAGUAAACUAAAUCCCUCCAGUUUAACUCCUAUAACAAACUAACACAAAAAAGGCUCUUGUACAGGAAGCCAGCGUCACAAUUAGUACAGUUCAUGUUUUUCAAGUUGUUACAGUCUGUUUUAAAUAAUGUUUAUGUUCUUUCAAAUGAAUGUUUUGGUCUCUAGAUCCCUAAUGUACAGGAGGCUGAUGCUUCAGGCUGCAGAAAAAACACCCUUUUUAAUAUGAAAGACUUGGAGUCCAUAGGACAGUAUUUCCACCAUGUAUUCUUGGACUACUGUGUAAAUAACAAGCAGGAAAUGGAAGUUUCCCCAAGGCUUUUUCUCUUGCCUCAUUAGUCCAGCUAUG